AUGGCUCAAUUGAGCGAGCAGCAAAAACAGCUUGCCCAAUUGCUUGCCGAUCUUCAUUCUGUUAUAGCUGGACUCCCUAGUUCAUUGCCAGAAGCAGCCGAAGAUGGUCCAAUUAGCCAUCACUUACGUGAUUUCAGCAUUGAUGAAGAUGAAGGUCCAUUUUACUCAUUCAACCGUGCCUGGGAACGAGUGUUUCAAAAGCAUGGUGUCAUCCUUGCACACGAUUUUGCUGUACACUUUUCUGCAUUACCGAACAUUGAGCAGCACAAUGGACUCAACUUGAUGAACGAGUGCAUCAAAGCACUUAUCAAACUGCUUCAUGACGUUGCUCCUACGGGUUCUUCGAAAAAGGCUGCCAGUGGCCUUAUCCUCCGCAUCAAACGAACAUUGGCUAAAGAUGCCGAGAGUGAUUCGGAUGAUCAUGACUACAUUCCGCCAUGCAAAGACCCUGUUUCUGACAAUGGUAGUAUGAGUGACAGUGAGGUGGUUCCAGCAGAGGGGGCUUGUCAGCAGCCCAAUAUGUUGAAGGGCAAGAGUGGUAAGCCUAAGAAGAAGAAGCAGAAGACUCGGGCUCCUGCAGGAAGUGAGAAGUCUGAAAGUGAGAUUGAUGUAGAAGAGGUCGAGGUACAUGCUGGAUGGAAUCCUUUGAAAGGACAAUGGGCAAUGCUACAGUUUGCUCCAUCAGUUGCUACCAAUAAAAAAGGAGACCCUGUGUGGAAAUGGAAGUGUAACUGGUGCAACACAUUUUGGAUGUCGCCUCGCACACCACAAUGCAGACUCCAAACCAUCGGUGGUGUGUAG